GUUCUAAAACCCCACCAAAAGAAACUUGGCAAGAUAUCGAAGUAGAGCUGGAUGCAUUAUUUAACAAAAUUAAACCAGAUAUUGUCAAAUUUUCUAAAACUAAUUAUCAACCAUUUUCCACAUGUGCUCAUGGUUCAGUUCAAGUAUGUUUUAUGAAUAAGCAUCCCACUUUGCUUUUAUCAGAACUUCCAUCAAUAGGAGAAUGUGGAUGGACAAAAUACAGUGACAUCAAUCUGAAUAUUGGUUUUGGAUAUAUCUUGGGAACAUCAGGCUGUGGAAAAACUAGAACUGUCUUUGAAAUAUUAUGCAAGCACUUUGGCUUGUAUAUGGUUGCUGAACACCAAGGAAAUCUUGGAAAUGACAUUGCAAAACGAUACUAUGAACAAGGACUAUUAUCAAGAUAUAUUAUUCUAUUAAGGCUUUUGAAAUGUGGUUGUACUGAACCUUGUCAAUGGUUAUAUCUUCAGUUGUUUCCAUAUAUUGAUGGGAUUGGUGAUAUAUUUGUACAAACAAUGGAAAUCCUUCAGGCUGCUAAUUCUUUAGAUCUCUCAAACUAUCUUGAACAGUGUGAACAGACUCUUAUUGAGAUGACUAACCAAAGGAAGCUACCUAUUUUCUAUGAUGAAGCACAAAUUGAUGGCAAUGAAAUGGUGGAUAUGUUUUUAUCAAGUUUUCAACCACUUCCUAAUGAUGAAAACAAGAUUGAUAAAAAGGCUGAUCAAUCACAAAUCUAUUCAGAAUUGCGACCACUUCUGAGCAUUUCAGUGGAAACAUUUCUACGAUCAAAAGUUUGCCUAUAUCUAUGUGGUUCUGGUCUCUCAAUUACAAAUGCAAUGAAAAUCUUACAGUCAAAAAUUUCCAAGUUUUCUUUGGAACCUGAAAGAUAUGUCAACUUUGGUGGAUUUGAUGAUUAUGAAUCAUUUCAAACUUUUAUAAGACGUUUUAUUGGGGUUGGGGAGAUUGAUGAUCAUUCAUUAGAAGAUGCAUUUAUCUGGUUACGUGGACGAUUCAGGUUUACAACAUCAUACUUGGAACUAAUUUUUGGUGGCCUUGAGCAUACUUUAGCAUUACAAACAAUAAAGCAUGUUGUUGCCAAUAUAGAAAAUGAAGUUACUGUUCUUGUAAUUUCAUCAGUUGUAAAAGUUGAGCAUUUGGUAUAG